AUGGACAAAAUAAAAAUCCCCAAAAGCUUCAAGGCCUGGUAUGACAACCUGUUGACCAUAGCCCAAAGAUCACCCUCCAUCCCUUCAUCCCUUCUGCAACAUAUCUCGAAUCUCGAAUCCUCACAGCUCCCCACAAUAGCGGCAUCCGAUAUGUCGCUCCAGCAGACAGAGAUUGCAUUUGGGAUAAAUCUGGCAACUGGACCACAAGCUUGGAUGAUCCCGCAUAUGUUCUUUGCUCUCCCCGCGGAUUUUGGUCGUUUUCUGGAGCAGUACGACACGUUAACCAAAUUCGCCGUGGACAAUGAGGCUAAGUUCUGUCGUAUUGACGCUUUGAUAUAUGUGGUCUAUCGAAGUUUAUCAGAGCAAGACCUACUUCCAAACACCGGAGAUAGCAGAGCCACUCUCUUCUUCGAAGCUCCUUUCAGGUGGAGUCCAGUAUCCGUUAAUGGGGUUCCUCACACAUGUACUGGAACCGCCGACUACGCCGUCCUCUUCGGAGGGAAAGAUCAUAUGGCCUGCCAUUUGAUAGUGUUAGAGGCCAAAAGGCGAGACGGUAUAACCGGAGCUGGACAGUUAUUGGCUUAUAUGGCCAUGGUCCAAGCGAACCGAAAGGCCCAUGGCCAGUCAUUUGGGGAUGUCUGA